AUGGCGCCUACACAGCCUCCCUCGUCGGCGCAUCGCGCUGAACGUCUGCAAACGCAGGCUGCCGCCGAUCCCCCUCCAACCCAUGGGCCGAUGACUCAGACUCAGCUAGCCGAGCUUCGAGAGCGGAUACGGGAUCAGCAACUUCAUGGACUUGACCCGCGAGACUUUCAACUUCGGCUUGCGCAGGCUCAAGAGGAAGGUCAAGACGCAGUAUGCCAGGCGCCGACAGGUUCGGGAAAGACUCUGGUGGCUAGCGCCCCCUACGUCUUGGAGAAGAACGCGGGGAGGACGACACUCAUGGUCUCUCCCUUGAUAGCGUUGAUGAACGAGAUGGUGAUCCCGCUUAUGCGGCUACAGGCCAAAAGCUUCGAAAAGGACUAUGGAGUAAGCGCAACAGCGCUCAACAGCUCUAAGAGCUCAGUGGACAUCAAGGGGACCUCUCAGCUGAAGCGCAUCCUGAACGGCGACUUUUGUGUCGUCUUGCUAUCGCCGGAGAUGCUCGCGUCGAAGCCGUUCACGGACUGCGUGUUGCGCAAUCAGCGCUUCACCAGCCGUGUCUACUCCGUGAUCGUGGACGAAGCGCACUGUAUCUCGUUCUGGGGUGCGGAAUUCCGCAAAUGCUAUGGCAGCAUCGGUUUCAUUCGUGCUUUCCUCCCGCGCGACACUCCGAUCAUUGCCCUCUCCGCGACUUUGACUUCGCGGGUCAUUCGCACGGUCGUAGACACCCUCCAACUCAGCCGUUCCCCGCCUCGACCAUACCUCCAUCUCAAUAUAGGCAACGACAGGCCCAACGUCUCCCUGAUCGUGCGAGCGAUGCACCAUCCCAUGAACACGUACAACGACUUGGACUUCGUCAUCCCAGCGAAUGUCUCCCGGGCAGAGGAUAUACCAAAAACCUGGAUAUAUGCCGACAACAUCACCACGGGUCAAGAGAUCAUUCAGCACCUACACUCCCUACUUCCUGAGCACCUACACAGCGCCGUGCGCCCCUUCAACGCGGUCCAGAGCGAGGGCUACCGCGAUUUAGCCAUGGAUCUUUUCCGACAGGGCAUCAUCCGUAUCCUAGUCUGCACGGAUGCAGCUGGUAUGGGUUGCAACAUGCCAGACAUCAUCUGGAUCAUUCAGUGGAGAACGACGGAGAAGCUAUCUAUGUUCAUGCAGCGCGCAGGGCGUGCGGUGCGAGCAUCAUUGGCGGGCUAUGCGGUUUUGCUCGUCGAGUCAGCGGCUUAUAAUAAAGUCAUUGCGGUCGAGGCAGAUGAGGCGGACGACAGAGCGACCGCCAAUGCCCGUCGAGUUGUCAAGCCGCCAACCCUGUCGACUAAAGAGACGAGGGUAUAUGCCAAGGCUCACGGCCGUGGCCGAGGCGCUCAUAACGGUAAAGAUUCCUUCCCGCUCUCGACCUGGACGCAGUUGCCGAUCGAGCCAGACGACGAGACGGAAGGGAUGUAUCAUUUUGUGCAGACGAAGGGCUGCCGCCGCUUAGUACUGAAUGAGGUCUUCAACAAUCCCAGUCCCGCUCGUCCGACCGUACCGUGCUGCGACAUCUGCAAUCCGGAGCUCCUCGACCUUGUCCGCGCUAGGAAGAAGGCCUCGGGUGUUGCGGCUGAGCCAAAACUCGCUUACGAGGCCUCCAAGUCGGCCGAGCUGUGGCAUGCCAUCGAUGACUGGAGGGAGGACAUGUGCGAGCGUGGGCAUGCCGAGUGUUCGAUGGGGCCCGAGUGCUUCCUGCCGACGUACAUCGUGGACAAGAUGGCGAUCCUGAAGCGCGAUAACAUGCAGCAACACGCGAGGAAGUUGCUGAAGUCCCAGUGGCUGUUUUGGGACAAAUUUGGUCAGCAACUUGUCGAUUACGUGGUUGACCAGAGCUCCCACCAUCACGACGACGACGCCUCCCUUCCCAUUCCCCCUACGCAGAUCCCGUCCGCCGACCUCUCAGCAUGCACGGAACCAGUCGAUCAACCGCCCCAAAGCACCGUCUCCGCUCCCGACGCGCUGAGGUCCGGUAGAGGCGGGACUGCUCCAGCGAACACCCGCAAACGCGCCGGCACGAAGACUGCCAAUGACCCAGCGAAACCGAAGAGGAAGCGGGGAGCGCCGAAGCCUCGUGAGGUGCCGCACGUCGCUGGAGAAGGUGUGUCGGCGAGCGAAGCGGCUUCAUCUACGAAGCGCGGACGGAUGCGUGGAGGCCCUAUCGACGAUAUGCGCGGCACCAAGAAACAAAAGGUGGCAGAAGAGGGUGCCGCGCCCUCUAGGGCAGUUGGGGGCCGUAUGAAUGAGAAGGUCCUGCAGCCCCCAACUGCUGCCACCUCGAACGCGCAGCAGGAAUCAUUGGCGGGUGGCCCGCCUACUGCUCGCCCAAUCGCUCCCGCCCCCGAUCGUUGCUCCACCGGCGCACAAGCAGCCAUGCAUGACGGGCUUGCGCGCGGGCCGCCGCCUACCGCUUUUCGGGAUACCCAUCAGCAUCACAAUUCCUCCGUGCUCGUGUCGAACGCGACCAGAGCGACGGUCCCGCGGAUCUGCGUCCCCGACGAGAAGCUUACCCGCCCCCUACUUGGCAACAAAGCUCAACGCCGUCCAUGAGCACAUUCCACCACUCCAGUACAUCUCAACACGCUCUCCCUACGCCCCCUUCGUCAGCUCACCGGCAGUCUCUAGCUCGCGGCACGCAGCUAGGGACACUUGUGACACCUGUGUCGCAGCGCGAAUAUAUGGCCUCCCCGGACACCUCUCAUCAUCACGCACCACCUUAUUUUACGGACCGGCCAACAUCGUCAACACUCGAGCACCA